AUGGACUCGCUUUCCCUCUCUCCUACCAACAUGGAAAUGGUCCCAAGCGGCCAGCUUGGGCUGCAUCUACUUCAAGGCUGUCUGCUCGAAGCACAACGGGCAGACAAGGUUGCAUUUCAUCUCGUAGGGCUUCGCAAUUCUCUUCCCGAAGCCCCUCACGCCCAUCUGGUUGUCACUACCGAAGAGAUCAGGAUCUCGGCCCAACUGCUCCGUGAACUCGCCGAGUACUCCCAGACCCAUUUCUCCCGCGUCCCUGUCGUGCUCGAUUAUCUGGAAAUCAUCCUUCCCUGUCUGUCACGAUCCCUGCGAGACAUCACCACACACUAUGAAGACAGGACUCUCACCAAGGAGAACCGUUGGCGAAAGAUGUACCAUUCCAUGACCCAAGAAGCGGGAGGUCUCUCACUACCCCAACGCUUCAUCCUCUACAACCAUUUCUUGACAUUGUUGCGAGAGCUGCUAACCAGGUCACCAAACUUUGACUUCAACUCCAUGGAAAGUGUUCGACUGCAGAUCAUGCAACUGCGAGAGGCCAGAGGCAUCCCCCCUCCUCCUAUCCGUCUAAACCCUUCGAUUCGUCCCGAUGUCAUACUAGACGACUCGAACCUUACUUCGAGCGUACACUGGGCCGAGCAAAUCUUUUCUUUACCUUUGCCUUCCCGCACUGCACUAAAGCACCAGCACUCGUCCAAGUCAUACGGUCCACAUCUUCCCUGGAAUCAAAUCAGAAUGCCUAGCGAUGCAAGGGUUCUAUUCAUGCGCCCGUUUAAUGAACGGCAAAUAACCCUGAUCGUCUAUCAAAGCACCCGAGAUAGGUGCCCAUACUUCCUCCUACGGAUCUACCACAUGGGAAGCCCCUGGUUCUCACUCCGCGGCGCACAUGAACUGUGCGUUGAACGUGAUGGAAGCAGUUUACAGUUCUGGCGGUGGAGCCCCAAUGAGGGUUGCGCCAAGCUGUGGGCGAACCUGUGUUUCAUGACCUGGGAAGAACUUGUUCUCAUGUACUGCUGCUUUGUGUCAUUCAAGACGCGCAACAGCCUUACUGUUCAAGUUGCCACAGAGGACCUCAUCCUACGGGGUGAGCGCAAGUUGUUUCAAGCUCGAAUUGUCGAUGACGGUUUUAUGCACUCCCUCAUCGUCUACGAGGAUACAAUGACAAAGGGUCUCCGCCUCCACGCCGCUGUCUGGGACGGCGAACUCCGCCAAUGUCCCGUGUGGACGGCAUUCAUCACUCACCAGUCUGCUUCACCGAAAUGGAUCAAGCGGGUCAGUAAGACAAAGGUACGGCUCGCCGACGUCCAGCUCUACGUCUUUUGCCAGGAGUAUCGGCAGCAAAAUCAGCGACGAGGCGCUGCUGGUGCCUUUGAGAUUUGCUUCGUCAGCGAAGAGGCAACGAAGCGAUUCAAGGAACUCUUUGCCCCAUCGACCGACAUGAGCACAACGACAGCAACAGAAUCACCAACCAAGACCUAA